AUGGGUGAAUUGCAAGAACCAUUUCAAGUCAUCAAUGAAUCAUCGGGAACUAGUAAUGGAAAUGAUGCAGGAGGUGUGAAAAUUAGUGAUGGAAGGUGUAAGGGAAAUCAAGGAGAGGAAAUUUUUAGUGGAAGUGGGGAAAGUGUUGAGAAAUAUCCUGAGAAUCAAUUGGUCAAAGAAUGGAAAAACAAAGUAAAUGAUCUGUUUAAUGAAGUUUCCGCAUCAGAGGAACCAGAACAAUCUCAAUGGUGGUAUGAUAACGAGGCUGAAAUUGAACGUACAUUGAUUCUAGCAACAUCUCACAAACAGUUUGACAACUCCCCGAUAGCAAACUGUAGUAUUCAGAUGUCAAAGGAAUAUGCAGACUUCGUGAAUAGAUCUGGAAGAAAAUCUUUUCAGACUACACCACCAUCUAAAAUGGAAAUGCCAAUUCCUUUGUCUGUAGUACCAUUCAACAAUGAAGAAAAGGGGUUUAAUAGAAGAGGGUACAUGCCUCGCAUGAAAUCCGAAUAUCUGAAAUCUCCUUACAUUAUACGGGCUGUUGAUAUCACCAAAGGAGUUCCACGACAAGAAAAACGUGUAGCAGAAUGGAUAUUCUCUCUCCAGGGAGAGCCAAAUGAUAUAGUUUUCCACACUUUGGAUGGUUUUUCUGCUGAGAGGUUUCACAUGGAAAGUUUUUUUCCAACAUGUGAACUAUUUGGUCAUGUGAUUGAUUGUUGGAGUCAAGUGUUGAAUCUUGAUGAAAGUAAGCGUGCACCUGAAUCGCCUCUGAGAGUUUAUUGCAAGACAGAUUUGACGAAUUCGUAUCUUGAAAGUGAUUUAACAGAAAGUCAACGUAAAGAUAAAUUCAUUGAGAAUCUGUUGCUUUCUAUUGAAGAUAUGGACGCAAGCCUACGUUACGUUGGAUUGCUUUUCCUACCAGUCAUCCGUUCCUUCCACAUUUUCCUUUUUGUGAUCAAUCUACAACACCCAGAGUUUGUAAUCAUUGACAACAACAAAGUUGAUGAUCAUAUUGAUGAGAGAUAUGGUCAGUUGCCCCAAAUCAUUAAAAAGUACAUAAUUGAUUACUUAAAAUCUCAGAAUCAUCCAAAAACUGAGAUGUUUUCACAUGUGAUGCCAUAUAGACUGGAAAUGCCUUGGAGAACAAUAAACAACCACAUUGAUUGUGGUGUGUUUACAAUGCGUCACAUGGAAACGUAUAUGGGUGGAAGUAUGAAUGAGUUUAAAGUUGGGUUCAAGAACGAGUCUUCUGCACAAGAUGAUCAACUUGUUAAACUGAGGACAAAGUAUUUAUACAAAAUCAUCACUCAUGAAUAUAAUGUGCAAAAGGAUUAUGUGCUCCAAAAGGUUGAUGAAUUCCACAAGAUUCCUUCAAGACAACGUUCUGAACUGUUGGCCAUUGCAAAGGAACAAAUUCACACAAGAUUGGAUGAUUUUAGUUAA